CAUACGUCCAACUCGUGUUUUGAAACUUUGGCCAUGUUUAGCAUGAGAAUGUAACUCUUUAACAGUGUAAAUAAGUCAGAAUGCAUGAAAUAGCGUUAGACCCCCCCUUUAAAAUCAAGAGUUGUAUUUGUUAACAUUAGUUAAUGCACUGUGAACUAACAUGGACAACCAAUGAAAUGCUGUAUUUUUAUUACCUAACAUUGAAAAAGAUUAACAAAUACAGUAACAAAUUAAUUGCUCAUUGUAAGUUCAUGUUGGUUAAUACAUUGACUAAUGUUAACAAAUAAACCUUAUUGUAAAGUGUUACCUAAUUUUCUCUUAAAAAUCUUACCUUCUGUUUUUUGUUUUUGGUUGUUUUUUUCCUUACCUACAGAUGCUGUUGAGUGCAUGUUGUGUCCAGAUGAGUUCUGGUCCAAUCCAGAUAGGAAUCAAUGUGUCCCCAAAGAAGUAGAGUUUCUGUCUUAUGAGGAUCCUCUGGGUAUCUCUCUGACCACUGCAUCUCUGCUUGGCACCUGCUUCUGUGCUCUUGUGAUGAUUGUCUUUGCUUAUCACCAUAACACUCCCAUAGUACGAGCCAACAAUUCAGAGCUCAGCUUUCUGCUUCUGGUGUCACUCAAACUGUGUUUCCUGUGUGUGCUACUGUUCAUUGGUCAGCCACAGUUGUGGACGUGUCAGUUAAGACAUGCUGUGUUUGGCAUAAGCUUUGUCCUGUGUAUCUCCUGCAUCCUGGUUAAGACUAUAGUGGUAAUAGCUGUGUUUAAGUCAUCUCGACCAGAGGGCAAAGGAGCAAUGAAAUGGUUUGGAGCAGUUCAACAAAGAUGCACAGUUCUGGUCUUAACUGCCCUUCAAGUUGUGAUAUGUGCAGUCUGGCUCUCUACUGCCUCUCCAACACCCCAUAAAAACAACCAGUAUAUCCGCUCUAAAAUAGUAUAUGAAUGUGCUAUUGGCUCAGUGGCUGGUUUUUCUAUGCUGCUAGGAUACAUUGGACUGUUGGCAGUAGUAAGCUUCCUUUUAGCCUUCCUGGCGAGAAAUCUUCCAGAUAAUUUUAAUGAAGCAAAGUUCAUCACUUUCAGCAUGCUAAUCUUCUGUGCUGUAUGGAUUGCAUUUGUUCCAACAUAUGUGAGCUCACCAGGAAAAUAUGCAGUGGCUGUGGAGAGUUUUGCCAUUCUGUCUUCAAGUUUUGGAUUACUGGUGGCCAUAUUUGCCCCAAAGUGCUACAUCAUUCUUCUACAUCCAGAGAGAAACACUAAAAAAGCAAUAAUGGGAAGAGAAACACAAAAGAAAUAGUUUUAUAUUAUUUAGCUCCACCAUUUACAGACACAUUUGUGACAGAAUGAACGAAAAAUCAAUAUUAUUUGUUGUACUAUAUAUUUAGUAUUUAUUUUACUAUACAUUUAGUUUACUUCACAAACUGUAUAUUCUAACUCCUAACCCUAAACCUUCUCUUAAACCUACCCAUCACAGAAAACUUUCUGCAUUUUUAUAUUUAAAAAAAAAAAAAGAAAUCACUCUGUAUGAUUUGUAAGCUGUUUUCCUCAUGGGGAACAAAAAAUACACCCACAAGGAUUUCGGAU